AUGUAUCCCAAGAUGGAACUCACACAGGGCAGAGCCAUGGAGAUAUACCGGGCACUUGGUCUCGCGGAUGAGUUGAGAGGCCUGGGCGUCCCCGAGUCGGAAAGACUCGACGAGAUCAUCACGACCGGACUUGGAGAAUCUGGCCACCUCAUCACAACAUGGAAGCGAGACAGUCCGUCAGAGAUACGUGAGAAAAGCCAGGAGCAAAACGAUGGGACUUUUCCACGUGAACCUUAUCUGCGCUGCCAUCAGAUAGCGGUUGAGAAAUGGUUGAAAGAUAAAAUCUCGAAGCAAGAUAAGAUCAAGAGUUUCUGGGGUUGGCGAUUUGUAGGGUUGCAGGAGGGAGAGACAACAGGGUGA